AUUUGCAGUAGAUAAUCUGCCAUUGUAGUCUAUAAAUUCUUCACCGGGUAUCUUCAUCCCGAAGCGAUUCUAAGUUAUCGGAAGAGAGAGCACACUGGAUUAUCACCACUACAUGUGCAGUACUAACCUCACCAUGCACAACAAUAUCACAGGCCGCAAACACCAACAAGAGAUUUGGGGGGCAAGGCCCAGUUUGAAUUUACGAUAUCCAGCUAUGUAUUUACAUCGAGACUCCAUCGGCAUCCCGCAUGGACAGGAAUCCCCCACCAGUCGCCCCCCCCUGCCAGAUUUUCCUUUUUUUUUUCUGUAUAUAUACCGAUUUUUCUUAAAGAAUUUGUGUCGGAGAUAUGUUGUUUUUCUUUUUUUAGGAACCUGCCCGAUUCCUCGACCGUCGAUUUCCCAUCACGAACGGUCGCUUUUAUGUUAUGUGCCCGGAUAUGGCUUGUUUGCAGUCGAGCCGGGGGCCUUUGUGACAGCGCGGGCGAACCCGCGAACCUGUCCGCAGAGAGACGCGACCAGCCCAGCCCCAAGUCAACACGGUGCACGGAAGUCACACGCAACUCUUUUGCGUGUAUGACUAUGCGAGCACUGUGGACCUUCUAUCAUCCUUCCAAAGCUCGCUCCCACGCCUCC